AUGAAAGCGAAGAUGAAGAAACACGCCUGCACAUACCCCGGCUGCUCCAAAGCCUUCACGCGCGCUGAACAUCUCCGCCGGCAUAGUCUUAACCACGAGACGAUCAGUAACAGCCAGGGCUACACAUGCCAGCGGUGCAUGACGCACUUUUCCCGCGCGGAUCUCCUGAGCAGACAUCUGGACCGGCAUGCGAAGAAGGAUGCAGAGGCAGGAGGGUUUGGGAAGGGUGUUCUGGAGACCAGGAAGAGGAUGCGCAGGGCUGAGGACGGAAGUAUCGUGCUCAGGCCGCCGAAAAGGCCGUCGAGACACCAGCAGAAGACAGGCCCGCCCGUUGGGGCCCCUUUAUCGUCUUCGGGCUCUGUCUCUGCCGGGUCUGGGAGGAGUUCGCGGUCGCCAGACGUCAGCCUGCACGCUGCGCAGGCCCCCGUCUCCCCGCCGCGGUCGGCGAGCGACCCUGUCUCGGUCUCUGGGGUCUCCAUCGACGACGAUGGAACUGACCCGGAUCCAAUGCUGGCCCCAAUGAUGCCGGGGGGCCCUUUUGAGCCGUAUGUCGAGCCAAUUCCCGGUCAAUUCGAUGCGGCAGAUGGGUCAUGGGGUGGGUUUGAUGCUCUAGGCGAUGGAAUGAUGCUGGACACGGCUACCGACUUCAAUCUUCCCUUCGCAGCAACGGGCAACUACAAUUGGCUCUUCGACGUCUCCUCCCUCGACGACGCAUUCCACCACCUCGAGCUCCCUCUUGGUCCUGAUCUCGUCCCCUUUGCGAAUUCCCACGGGAACUACGCGAGUGUGAAUACUAUGGAGCUGUCUGGGGCCGGGGCAGAGAAUGUCCAGGACAGUAUGUUGAAUCUUGAUCUGGAUAUCGACCUGAAUGGGCUCCCCGCUGGGUUUGUGCAUGACCAAGGCCCGGAUGGAUCGUCGGCUUCUGUUCUACUACAGGCAGCGAGUUUUGUCGAACGGGGCAAUAUCAACGGCAGUGACCCCAAGCGAGACUUUCCAGACCUAGACUGGAUGGCCGGUGCGCCGCCCAUCGAGAGCACCGUUCCGCUGCGCCCUCAACUGAGCGAAGAUGCACGAAGAGGGAUCUUGACCCUGAUAGCGCAGAGUCCUCCAGUCGACAUACACGGCCAGCCGCUAAACCUUGACUCGCCGCUCCUCUCUUUGUCGGCGCUGCAGAGCUACAGUGACCUGUUCUUCUCCCGCUUCAAUACUACAUACCCGCUCAUCCACAGCGCGACCUUUGAUCCGAACAAGACUGAGCCGGUCUUCCUGGCCUCGAUUCUGUCAAUGGGAGCUACGUACAGCAGCCGUGAAGCCCAUCAGCUGGCCGUAGGUAUUCACGAUGGCCUGCGGAACCAGCUUUUCUGCCACGGCGCGUUCAGCCCGCAGCCGGACGAGCUCUGGGUGCUGCAGGCGAUGCUGUUGAUCGACUGCUUUGGCAAGAUGCGCGCAGGCCCAAAACAAAGGGAGCGGGCACAGCUAUUCCACUGUGUGCUGAUCAAGCUUAUCCGCCGGAGUACUUGCUGUUCGAUCCGGGCAGAUACCCAUUCUGACCCAGGGUUGGGGGGAUUAGAGCUGGAAGACGCGUGGAAGAGGGCCAUGGACGCCGAGCAGCGCAAGCGCCUCGCGUUCCAGUGUUUCAUGUGGGAUACGGAGCAUUCAGUGCUCUUCAGCCAGAGUUUGUGCAUGUCUGCUUUUGAGAUCCGCUCGUCGCUGCCUUGCUCGCCAGCCGCGUGGGAGGCACAUACGGCGGAAGAGUGGUCCCGACAUGCUUCGAGAGAUACAGAACAUGCAUUUCUUCCCGUGCUGAAGGGAUACAUUACCCCUGGCUCGGUCUCCCGACCGCGCGAUCUGAACAGGUUCUCCCGGAUGGUCGUCUUACACGGCCUCAUGUCCAUCAGCGCAGACCUGAAACGGCGCGAUCAGACAACAUUGCGCGCAGAGACACCCGAACGAGUCGGCGCCUGGACGCCGCGAAUGGGAAGGGCGUAUGACCUCUGGAAAGCAGAUUUCGACGCCGACUGUCUGAACAUGAAACUCGGGCCGGUGCAGGUGUCAGCAGACGAGACGAGACGGUUUACGAGUCUUAAAGCCGCGGCAAUGGCACUCUAUCGUGCCGCCAGCCUUGCACUCCAUGUAGAAGUACUGGACCUGCAGAUCGCAGCGGGCGCAUCGCAUAUCCUUGGGCGGGUUGUCAAACAGCAUGAUCGUGAGAGGUCCCGGGUUAUGCUCUCUCGCUGGUUGUCUGGUCCAUCUCCAGCCGCGACAACAGCGUCUCGCCAUGCGGCGGCUCUUCUCCAGGACGCUGUGCUGAGCUUGCACGACUGGGACCAGACAGACGCAUUCCACUUUCCUUGGUGUCUGUACCUGGCGACGCUGACGGUUUGGGCAUUCCACGCGCGCGAGGGUUGUGUACCCAAACCGACGGACCUGUCGAGUCUUAUUGUGGCCAUGACAACCUCGAAUGCGGCCGAUUUAGAAGGGCUGGCAGGGCAGUAUGAUACGCGGCCACUGAUACGGGCUAUGGCGCAGCAGCUGGCUACGGUACGAUGGGCGGUUGUGCACGAUGCUAUGAAGGUCUUGCUGAAUCUUGGUGUUUGA